AUGGCGUCGGAGCUAACGGCAGCAAAGGAAUCGCAGGGAAUCCAAGACCGAACAACCCACCCUGGAUUCAGCGAUGAAAAAUAUUCCAUGUUGAUAGUUAUCGGAGCGCUGUAUCGUCCAAAUCUACUGGACUAUGCUGUUGUAGAGAUUGAAAGAGGAAUACGCUCAUGGGACGUGGACUUGUCAGUGUGUAACCUGGAUGAGCAGCUUAAACUCUUUGUAUCUCAACACUCUUCACAGCCACCCAGUGACAUCAAAGGUCAGAGGCUAUUUCAGUACAAAACGAAUGUGCUAGACUCCAGAUUUGUGGUCAAUCCUUCAGAAGAGUUUCUGUACUCUGAGGUAUACCGACUGAUUUCAGACACAUCUCGACAUAAGCUUCUUGUACUUUCUGGGCAGUGUUUAGAAGACACUGGGGAUCUGGUCCUGCAAACUGGACAGUUCUCACCCUCUGAUUUCACCCAGAUCCUGGCAGAUGAAGAGAUUCAACUGCUGUUGAAUUCAGCGAGCACAACUGGUAAAGCGAGCCUUACUUUGAGUAGCCCUAAAUCUGGAAAAUGGAAGAACUCCGUGCUUGGGAAGCAUAGUCUACAGGAAAUAAUCGAAAUUAAAGUUAACCCUUUAAUGGUGCUACCCAAAAUGGAUGGCCUUCAGGAAUUUACAGAUUUCCUUUCCGAGUCCUUAGAGCACCAGUCACCAUUUGAUCUUCUGGAGCCGCCUAGUACAGUGGGAUUUCUCAAACUUUGCCGCCCUUGCUGCUAUAUCUUCCCAGGUGGAAGAGGUGACUGUGCCUUCUUUGCAGUGAACGGAUUCAAUGUCUUAGUAAAUGGUGGUGCAAAUCCACGCUCUUGCUUUUGGAAGUUGGUGAGGCAUUUGGAUCGUGUUGAUUCAGUGCUUCUUACUCAUGUUGGAGCAGAUAGCUUGCCUGGGGUGAACAGCCUGUUAGAGAGAAAAGUUGCUGAGCUUGAUGAGGAUGAGCCAACUGAUUCACACAAAAAAGACAAAUGGUUGAAAAACCUCAUAUCCCCAGAGCUUGGUGUGGUUUUUCUCAAUGCCCCAAACAAGCUGAAAAAGCUUCAAGGUGACCCAAAUAUACUGCGGUGCACCGACCAAUUAGCUCUCACUUUACGAUAUCUGGAAACCCUUAAAAUCACACCAGAGCCACUUCUGCGUAUGACAAACACGACUAUAGAUCCAGUUAUUCUUUUUCAGAAGAUGGGAGUUGGAUGUCUUGAACUUUAUGUUCUCAAUCCAGUUAAGCGAAGCAAGGAGGUCGAGACCUUCAUGGGUAACUGGCCAGAGAAUACCUCUAACCCCAAAGGCUCAGAACUCCCUUUGACAUCUCUUGUAUCUGUUUGUGCUCUCUUAGUGUGGCACCCUGCUAGUCCAUAUGAAAAGAUUAUUCGAGUACUAUUCCCUGGCUCUACACCCCAGGCAAAGAUACUGGAAGGUUUGGAGAAGCUGAAGCACAUGGAGUUCCUGAAAAGGCCUGUGGUGUGUUCCAAAGACCUUGAUACAUCAAAGUUAGAUAAGAAUCCCAAACGAGCAGAGAGCCAAGACAGUGUCAAGUCUACUACCAAAGACACCAGACCAGCAAGUGCUGUUUUCAAAGAAAAGUCAUCUCGUGGAGAUGACCGGACUGCAGAUGUGAAAGACAAAACCAAAGUAAUAAAUGGUAACGACUGUAAAGAUGAGGAUAAAUCAAAAUCUUUUAGUGGUGGUGUCAAGACGAAAUCCUCCAAAACUGAGAAAACCUCUAUGAAGAAGGAGUCACCAAAGGAGUCUAAAAAGGAAGACAAGAGUACUGCAUCUGCCUUGAAGAGACAGGAAAAUGGACAAAAGAAAGCACCAGGUAAAAAUGACACCCCCAUGAGCAAACCAAAAGCUGAUAUAAAAUCUGAGCAGAAGAAGGACGUGAAGAGAGAUGCUAAGAGUGAGGAGAAAAAAACAACAAAGGUUACUGGAAAAGACCCCAAAAAAGUCUCAGCAGGGUCUGCACCCCCAUCUCUCGAGCCAAAUAAGUUUGGAGGUCCAAAGAAGGAUGGAGCGAAAACAAAUAAAGGGACUGAUGAUAAAGUCAAAAUCAAUAAAACUAAUAAAGAGCAGCAGAACCAGAAGUUAUCAGGUGAUCCUGAAGAUAAUCCAAAUGACUCCUUGAUGUCCUCAUCAGAGAAUAUGGCGUCAGAAUUUCUGGAAAUGGAACAAGAGCAGAAGCUUGGGGUGCCCACUGAAAAAGAAAGCAAUGGAGGGGUUGAUACCAGAUUUUCAGAUAAAAAUAUGGAUAAAACUACGGGGAUGUUAGACAGCGCCCAAGAGCUCAGUGCCACUGUACCUGGACAUAAGGCAGGCAGAAAGGAAGAUUUGGCAUGUCCAGAGAUGUUCUGCUGCAGGGAAAACAAAGCUGUUGACUGUCCUGCUCCAUUCAAGACCUCAAAGUCUGAGCGGAGUGUGAAUUUGGACCUCACACCCACUGAGUAUACUUUGCUUGAUGGAGCAUUGAAGGAAAACCCUGAGAAAAAUGGUCAAGAUGAUGUUUGUGCUAGCCCAGAGGAGAAGACUUUGGAGUUGAUCUCUCCCAGAUCAGGCCCAAACAGUGCAGGUCAUACACCUUACCACCUUUCCCCUGAGGAGAUGUGGGCCCCUAGAGAGCACAGCUGUAUGGGAACGAAAAUGAGCCUGGGCUCAGAGAACCAACAGACAGGAUCGUUUAAGAAUUCAGAAUCAGGUUUGCCCAAAAACUAUCAAGAGAAUAACUCUACAUCUUCCAAAGAGAAACACUCCAGUUUCCUUUCACUCAGUUCAUUUAAAGAUACGGCUCCUGACAUAUCCCCUACUGUAACCACCACCCAUUCCAUGCCUGCAGAAGUUACUUCCCCACAGUCCACUGAGGUUGAUGAGUCUCUGUCAAUGUCAUUCGAGCAAGUUCUUCCGACAGUUAGUGAAUCUACCAAUGAGGAUGAAACUUCAUACUCUAAUGGGCACUUUGUUGAAUCUGAUUUCAAAGUUGGAAUGUCCUUGUCUUUAAAAAUGCCCCAUACCAAGAGAGUUUUGAAUGAUGGUUCAGAGGGAUGUCCUCCUGGAUCACAAGGGCAUGCAUUUGAUACCGCUCAUGAUGUCGAUCUGUGCCUGGUCUCUCCUUGUGAAUUCAAGCAUUUUAAACCUGCUGGCACACAACAGCAUCGACUCUCACCUACUAAUGCCAGCCCUCACGACUUGUCAGAUGAUAGUGACCACUCACAGGAGGUUGCUCAGCCCCUGGCACACUCUUGUUCAGGUAGCAAGUCCAAUCAUCAUGUUCAUGAGACUCAACUCACAUCAGCCAGUGACUACUUGCCCACAGCUUCAGACUCAGACUUGCCUCCAGGUACAGAGGAUUGUCCAUCCAUCACAACAGAUGGUGCCCUUGAUUCUGACGAUGAAUCUGGAGUCCACUUUCCACUGCAGAACCUAAAUGACAGUUUGAACUCUAAUCGGGGGAAUCUUUCUGUGCCUCAAGAUCCAAGUCCAGUUCCUAUGAAAGACUUACCACCACUUCAGCCCCAACCUGGCACCUGUAUGCCUGAUCCAGAAACCCGUGGGAAAAAUGUCAAGGUUGUCGGAACAAAAUCCAGAAAGUCAGCUGGGGUUAUCCAGAGACUGACACCCAGCGGUAGUACUGUUCUUGGCAACAAAACAAAGACUGGAAGUCAAAGUAGUUCUGUUGGAAAUAUUAGGACCAACCCAGCUGCAGACACUUACACUGCAUCUCGAACCACAAACUCUACUCCAAAGAGGUCCACUCCUGCAAAUAGCAAAGGAGGUACCUCGGUGUAUUUGGACUUGGCAUAUCUUCCCUCAGGCCAUGCAGCUUCCACUAUUAACGUUGACUUCUUUUGCCGCCUGCGCUCUUCCUGUUACAUCAUCAGUGGGGAUGACACAGUCAAGGAAGCCUUCAUGAGGCCAAUACUGGAUGCCUUGCUUGAUGGAAAAUCUGUGUGGCCUGAGGAUGUACCGGUGACGCUUAUUCCAACAUUUGACUCAUUGACGAUGCAUGAGUGGUACCAGCAGACUCAGGAGAGACAACGGGAGCUAAACAUCACUGUUCUGGGCAGCAACAGCACUGUAGCCAUGCAAGAGGAAACAUUCCCUGCUUGUAAAGUGGAAUUCUAA